AUGGCCGACUACCUGAUCAGCGGGGGGGACCAGCUACGUCCCGGAUGACGGGCUCAGCGCACAGCAACUGUUCGGGGCCGGAGACGGGCUGACCUACAAUGACUUCCUCAUCCUCCCCGGGUACAUCGACUUCACAGCUGAUCAAGUGGACCUCACCUCCGCUCUCACCAAGACGAUCACAUUGAAGACUCCUCUCGUCUCCUCCCCCAUGGACACCGUAACAGAAGCCAACAUGGCCAUUGCCAUGGCGCUGACUGGUGGGAUUGGCAUUGUACAUCACAACUGUACGCCGGAAUUCCAGGCCAACGAAGUGCGAAAAGUAAAGAAAUAUGAACAAGGAUUCAUCACAGAUCCGGUUGUCCUGAGCCCCACACACAAAGUACGAGACGUAUUUGAAGCCAAAGCUCGUCACGGAUUCUGUGGCAUCCCCAUCACAGAGAGCGGAAAGAUGGGAGGGAAGCUGGUGGGGAUCAUUUCAUCCAGAGAUAUAGAUUUUCUGAAAUCUGCCGAGAAUGACCUGCUUCUCAGCGAGGUCAUGACCAGGAGGGAAGAUCUGGUUGUCGCCCCAGCGGGUGUUACGUUAAAAGAAGCCAAUGAAAUUCUGCAGAGAAGUAAAAAAGGCAAAUUACCGAUUGUUAAUCAGGACGAUGAGUUGGUGGCCAUCAUCGCCCGCACUGAUCUGAAGAAAAAUAGGGACUAUCCGCUGGCGUCAAAGGAUUCCAAGAAACAGCUGCUGUGUGGCGCCGCCAUUGGUACACACGAGGAUGACAAAUACCGUCUGGAUCUCCUGGUGCAGGCUGGAGUGGAUGCCGUGGUGCUGGACUCAUCGCAGGGAAAUUCCAUCUUCCAGAUAAAUAUGAUCAAAUACAUUAAAGAGAAAUACGAAGAAGUCCAAGUUAUUGCUGGAAAUGUUGUAACGGCAGCCCAGGCGAAGAAUCUGAUCGAUGCCGGAGCCGACGCUCUGAGAGUCGGGAUGGGAAGCGGAUCAAUCUGUAUAACGCAAGAAGUGCUGGCGUGCGGCAGGCCCCAGGCCACAGCUGUGUACAAGGUUUCAGAAUAUGCCAGAAGAUUCGGCGUCCCGGUCGUUGCUGAUGGUGGAAUCCAAAAUGUUGGACACAUAGCAAAGGCUCUGGCCCUUGGUGCCUCUACAGUUAUGAUGGGUUCGUUGCUGGCAGCGACCACAGAAUCACCGGGUGAAUACUUCUUCUCGGAUGGCAUUCGGUUAAAGAAGUACCGUGGCAUGGGCUCUCUGGAUGCAAUGGACAAGAACGUCAGCAGCCAAAAGCGAUAUUUCAGUGAGUCUGACAAGAUUAAAGUUGCUCAGGGAGUUUCCGGUGCCAUACAAGACAAAGGAUCCAUUCACAAGUUUGUUCCUUAUUUGAUUGCUGGAAUCCAGCACUCCUGCCAGGAUAUAGGCGCCAAGAGCUUAACGCAAGUCAGGGCGAUGAUGUAUUCUGGGGAGCUCAAGUUUGAGAAGAGAACCAUGUCUGCACAGGUGGAGGGAGGAGUGCAUGGACUCCAUUCGUAA